AAGCAGAGGCCCUGGAACGAAAACAGACUCACGUGUGUGAGGUCGGCAUUCUCGGAUUUCGGUGGUAUUCGGCUGUUGGAAGUAUUCUAAGCGUGAACCAGCAUGAAGAAAAAUAAGCGGACGGCUUCCGAGGCUCUCGAGGAUAAGGGCGAGCAGGAGCGAUUCACAGAGGUUGUUCAAAAGAGAAUCAAGGUCGAUGACGAUCCCCUGGCUCGGAAACAGCGUCGAGUGGAUAGGGAGAAGGAAUUCGCGAAGGAGCGAGGCGUGAUUUACGUCGGUCACAUCCCGCACGGUUUUUACGAAGACGAGCUGAGGAAAUAUUUCUCACAGUUUGGUGAAGUGACGCGGGUCCGAGUUUCUCGAAGCAGGAAAACAGGGGGUUCCCGAGGCUUCGCCUUCGUCGAGUUCCAGCAUGACGCUGUUGCUGCGAUCGCCGCCGACACCAUGAAUGGUUACUUGAUGUUCGAUCGACUCCUGAAGGUCAACGUCGUGCCCAAGGAAAAGGUUCAUUCAGACAUGUUUGCACUCCGGUACCCCUUCCCACUGAACCGAGAGAUCACGAGAACUUUCAUCAACGCUGAGAGAACCGAGACCCGUGAUAAGAGGAAUAAGAAACUAAAGGUCAAGAGAUUCAAGAAACAGUUGAAGCAUCUUCAGGACCUCGGUAUAAGCUACGAGGCCGCUUUCAAAACUUCGGACGGCUCGAGCGUACGGCCGAAACCACGUAAAGCGAGCGAGGAAGCGACCGCGGAACCAGAGCUUUGCGCCGUAGAAUUUUCGGCGGCGGCGGCGACGGGCGAAAAAAAGUCGGCGGACGCCGUAGCAAUCUUCGGCGGUCCGAUAGACCCACGGCGCGCCGCGGAAAGGUUUCUCGCAUUCAGAAUAAGAGAGUGAGCUCCAGUACUUGAGAA